AUGACGGCCGCUUCGUCCGGCCUGGAUGUACGCGCCUCUUCUCUGCCGCCCGACCCCGGUCGGCGUGUGGAGCAAGAUGCCGGUGAUGGUGAGGCUGGUGAAUUUGCCCAAAUGCGUCACAAAGACGUCAGACAGCCUUGGGCGGCCUCCACCAUCGUGAGGCUGGAUACCAUCAAUGAUUUGGCCAUCAGUGGUGUCGGCCAAAAAGCGGAAACCAAUGGAGCCCGCCAAACGCGUGAUUCUGGCGCCAGCAUCCAAGGCAGCAGUUCCGGUGAAUUGGUCAGUUCCAAACCGUCGCCAAGCGGCAGCAGUAUCGCCACCGAUGACGACAGUGGAUACACUCAGAUGCUUCUUGGUCGACACUGUCUCUCCGACUCCUCGGCGAGAGGAACAUUGGCCGCCGGCUCAAAAACGAUGCCGAUGCUGAACAGUCGAGACGAGUUUGUGGUCGCCAUGACAGAGGACUUGGCCGAGUGGUUGAGUCGUUUGUAUCCGACCACGGCCGGGGAUUUGGAUGCGGACAACUUUUUUUCCCGUCUUGCCGACGGUGUGCUGUUGUGUCGUCAUGCCUGUGAACUGCAUCGUCGGUUGGGCGAAUUGUUUCCCGGCGUUGGGCAGAAAAGCAUCAUUCCCGGCAUUCGAAUAACCGGUAUUCAAGCCGUUCUGCCCAAUGGUGUGCCGGCGUUUCAGACUCGAACAGCUCGUCAUUUGACCUCUUCUUCGCUGCCUCCGUUGCCGGUCUUGCCGACUGCCCCACCUCCUCUGCUUGCAUCGACGGCCGCCAGUUUUGUGGCUCGUGACAAUAUUGCCAAUUUUCUGACCUGGUGUCGCCAGUUGAGGAUGUCGGAUGCUGUGCUCUUCGAGACCGAGGACCUGAUCAGUCGGCGUCAUUUGCGCAACGUCAUCGUCUGCCUGCUCGAGUUGGCCAGAUUCGGCGGUCGGCUCGGCUUUGAGGUACCCGAGAUAGUCAAUUUGGAGUCGGAGAUUGAGGCCGAGCUGGCGGCUGAUCUGGCAAGCGUCUAUGCUCCUCGGCCCCGUGAAUCCGACCCCUUCAAUGGCUGCUUGUCCGCCAACCUGGGCGGUAACAAAGCCGAAGCUCUGCACCAGUCGGCCGGAUCGCCUUUGGACCAAGUCUCUCUGCAGACGGUCAGUGAUACCAAUCAACUGAGAUUUGUUGGUACAGCAGAGUCUGCUACUGCCUCGGCUGAACCGCGCGAUCGAGAAGUCUGGACCUCUGGCGGUGGCGGUGGUGGUGGUGGUGGUGGCGCUGGCGCUGGUGGCCGUGGCCUCAGCAACUGUAUCGUCGCGCAGACCGGUGUCCGACUGAAUAGGGCACAGGAGUUGCGACAGCGAAAGAAUCGGCGCUCGAUUGACCACCAGUCGACUGGGCAAUCUGGUCGUGCCGAAGUGGAGGCCAGCAACGGAGGCUGUGCAAAACAGAGGCACAUGCGUCCGGUUGUGGAUCUUCGAUCUCUUGACGAGAUGGUAUGUCAUUCCCUAUGGUCCUAUUGCAUGUAUCACGCCCUAUUCUGUUUACCAAAAAAGGACUUGUGCCGACGACUCAUCUGCACAAAUCUACAGUUAAGACAAUCGUCCUUUAGUUUCCGGAGGGGCCAAUUUACAGAGCCAUUCUACCCGCCUUUUCAGAUGAAAUAA